AUGACGAUGGUGUCUGUCAAAUUUUUACUGCUGGUCAUGAUAUUGGCGCAAUUGGCUCAGAUCCAUGCAUGUCCGUCCCACUGUACAUGUGAGCUAUCGGAAGUGUUCUGCAGCCGGCGCCAGCUGACGGACAUCCCGCCAGGCGUGCCGCCCAAGACCGAGCUGCUGGACCUGUCACAGAACCAGCUCAGGAGGUUACCCAGGAAGGUCUUCAAGGACCUGAAGUACUUACGACAGCUCCGUCUGGACGACAAUCACAUCGAGAAGAUCGAGGACGGGGCGUUUGACGGUCUGGAGAACCUGCAGAGGCUGUGGCUGCUGGACAACAGGAUCAGGUCCCUGUCUGCCGGGGCCUUCAUCGGCAUGCCUCAGCUCUGGUCGCUAAAGCUGGACAGUAACGACAUCACAGAGAUCACUCCUGGCGUGUUCAAACCGUUAGCGAACCUGCGGUGGCUCCACCUCCAUCAUAACCACCUCACACACGUGCCGGGAGAUGAGCUGCGUUCCCUGAGUCAGCUCGAAGCGGUAACCCUACACGGUAAUGACUGGGAGUGCAGCUGUGAACUGGCGGACUUGACGACUUUCCUGGGGGAACACACCAACAAGCUGAGGUUCGACAGCGGAGUGCCAACACCGCCGGCCAUCUGUGCCAGACCACAGCACCUGAUGGGAGACCAGAUCCACACCCUCAGUAAGGACGACUUGUGCGUCCCUAGGGAGGAAACUCCGGAUUCCGCGGGGGACAAAACAUGCCCAGCCCCGUGCAACUGCCGUGGAGCGGAAGUGGACUGUGACCAGAAGGGGCUGACGUCAGUUCCGGCCGGGAUCCCCUCAACAACCACAGAACUGAUCCUGUCCAACAACAACAUCCGGGACAUUCCGCCGGACGCCCUGGUGCAUCUGAAGAAGCUGCAGAUGCUGCUGCUGUCCAAUAACCAACUCCAGGCCGUCCCGAAGGACGCGCUGAGGAAGCUGCCGGACCUGGCCGUGCUGUAUCUGGACGGGAACAGCAUCACCAACAUAGCGGAAGGUACGUUUGACACCCUUGCCAGUCUGCGCGUCUUGUCUCUCGCCAACAACGAGAUAACAAAGAUCGAGAAGGAGAGUUUCUGGCGGCUGACUAACCUGCAGAACCUGUACCUGCACCAGAACAGCCUGGCCGACCUCAACCCGCGAUCACUCAACCUGAAGAAGCUGCCGGCCCUGAAGCAGGUGUCUCUGUACGGGAACAAGUGGGACUGCUCCUGUCCGCUCAGGGACUUCAUCGCGUACGUACAGCGGAACAAACAGGUCCUCUACUCUGGAGACAAGGAGGCUACGUCAUCAGUAGACACACGGGUGACGUGUACCGGGCCGGAGAAGUACAGGGGCACUGACCUAACGGUCUUUGACCUUCCCGCCUUAGAGGCGGAGUGCAAGUAGUCAAAGUGAUAUGUACAUCUCCAAUGUACUUUUUUACAUGCAUAUUUACUCUUUUUACUAUCAUUCAUGGUGUACCAAUAGUAACUACUGGUUUAAUAAGAGUAGAUGCUUUUUUUUUCUUUAACCGGCUAAGGCCUAACGUUAAUACGUCUUUUAACAGUUUAAAGGCCCUGGUGAUCAUUGAAUCAUUCCAAUAUGACUUGAACGGUAGUAAGUGAAGGGGAAAGCAUAUUAGCAGUACAUAAAAAUUUGUUCGGGGGUGUUAUGUAGCAAGAAAAAUGAGUAUGUUAAGUCUUUGGAAUUAAUUAUCCUUUAGAAUAUAUAGCAAAAUAGAAAUAUAUAACGAAAUAAAAAUAGCAACGUACGAAUAGAAAUAGAAACGUAUUCCCGGAUGGGUAUUUCGUAUUGCUUAAAGUCAGAACGGAAUGCUACGUUUAGCAUUUGAGAAAAAAAAACUGAAUGUCAAGGAAAUUCGGUUGUCAUCACUUCGCAGAACAUUCCGUUUGUCAGCGCUGCUACAGGACCAUAUGUGAUUAAAGCUGGGGUGAAUAUGGAUCGGGCCGGGCGCUGUAUUUCAUCACCCAUAAUUGUGUUAUUACCACUUUUCCCUUCCUCCAAGCGGUUUGACCCAUUUCAAUCCGGCGAGUCGGCCUCAGGCCCUGUUGAAAAUACGGCUAUAGUCUCACGGGAGAGCCAUAAAACCCACCGAGUACAGAACAAAUAUGGCUCUAUCAGUGUACAAUGGCUCACGGUGAUAUAGCGUUGUGUAAUCUUCAACCAUCUAGAAAAUGUCCUCCCAUCACCUCACUAUAUGUGGAAACGU